AUGGAACAAUCACGAGAUAGAGCUGCUGGUGGAUCUAUUAACAGUCCUCCAUGGUUUGAUGGAGGAUGUGAAAAGUAUACUCAAUGGAAGAUAUACAUGAAAUCAUAUUUGUAUGCUCAAGAUGAACAUGUAUGGAAUAUUGUGGAAAAUUGCUGGAAGACACCUAUAGUUCCAGCUAAAGUCAUUGUGAUACUGCAAAGCAAGCUUGGGAUCUGCUGCAGACUACAUAUCAAGACAACAAAAAGUCUUGGUGCCCCUUUUGAUGAAGAUAAGGUUGUUAAGAAAAUUCUUAGGGCCUUGCCAGAGAAGUUUCAUUCUAAGGUCACUAGCAUUGAGGAUUCUUUUGAUAUUGAUGACUAUCCACUGGAUGAACUUAUUGGAAAUCUCAAAACGUAUGAACUAAGGCUAAAACCUGAAAAUAAAUCCAAAGGUGUAGCUUUCAAGGUCGUAAAAGGGACAGAAGAGGAGGCUAAACCACUUGACCUUGCUCUUCCGACUAAAGAAUUCAAAAAGUUCCUUAGAAACAAAUCUUCUUCUCAAAAUUUCAAUGCUCCCAAGAAAAACUUUGUCAGUAGUGGUAGCAGUGAUAACAAUGCUAAAAGUAGGAAAGGAAAUUUUAGAGGAAAUAAUUCUGGAAAAAUUAAAUGCUAUGAAUGUGGUGGCUAUGGCCAUAUUUCUACUGAUUGUGGUAACAAGAAGCAUGGAAGUAACAAUAACAAAUAUCUUCUCUCGACAUGGAGUGAUGAUGAAACUCAAGAGGCUGAAAAUGUAGCUUUCGUCUCAUCUUUCUCACUUGAUUCUGAAAGUGAUGAAGGAUUCUCAGAUGACGAGACCACUGUCCGUUGCAAACAACUCUAUAAAGCAUCAAAAUCCACAUUGGUAAAAAAUGCAAGCUUGGAAGAUGAAGUUGAGUUAUUAAAGGCUGAGAAAGACAAGUUGGAGCAUUCUCAGACUUGGAAGAAUGAAUGUGCUGAGCUCAAGAACAAAAUCAAGAUGCUUGAACUUGAGGAAGAACUGAAGUCCACUCAAGAGAAGUUCACAAAGUUUGAGAUAAGUUCUGGAACUGCGUCAAAGUUAUUUAGUUCAGGAAAAGCCCAUCAUGAUACAUUUGGACUUGGAUAUUCGGGAGAAAGUUCCAAAAGUACACGCUCUGUGAGAGAAAUGAAUCCAGUAGUGGGGCAAGGUGAUUCAGUCACUAAGGUCAUAAAGGACACUACCACAAGACCCAGGACAAAAGUUGACAAGGAACCGAAACCUCUUCAGAAUGUCACUCAGGCAAACAUGCACACUGUGAAUAAACCUGUCUGGAUUAGAAAUGAAUUGAACAAUUGCUCUUAUAAUCACAUUGAUUCAUCUGACUCCAUUAAUGCUAAUUGUCUUAUGGCAUGUGUAAGUACAGAUAUUACUUCAUCACAUAUUGAUGCAACUUGCCUGGUAGCACUGACUGCCUUGCCAGACAAGCGAAAGGAUUUCUGGUAUAUGGACAGUGGUUGCUCCAGACACAUGACUGGUGACACGUCUUGGUUUUCUUCAUUUCAAGAUGAAUGCACCACGGGCUCAGUUACUUUCGGUGAUGGGAGGAAAGCUAAAAUUCUUGCACAAGAUCCUGUCAAUACUCCAGGAAUUCCUAAUCUCCAAAAUGUCUUGUAUGUUGAAGGUUUAACUGCUAAUCUAAUAAGUGUCAGUCACUUGGCUGAUGAUUAUGAGGAUGUUUGGUUCAAAAAGCAAAGAUGUCUGGCUUACUUCUUUGUACGAUCUGCUGAAGAGACCUUUGAAACAUGGCACAGAAGAUUGGGACAUGUGAACUAUCAGGAUCUGCUCAAACUAUCCACCAAACAAUGUGUCAGGGGUCUACCAAGUCUGAGUGUGUUGGAACUGCUGCAUAUGGAUCUUAUGGGACCAGCUCAAAUAGAGAGCAUUGGAGGUAAGAAUUACAUGAUAGUUGUAGUCGAUGAUUUUUCCAAGUAUACUUGGGUUAAUUUUCUAAGAGACAAAGCUGAAACAUUUGAAUCCUUCAAAGGAUUAGGUCAGAGAAUGUUAAUUGAAAAACAAUCCACAAAUAUGUGCUUGAUAAGAGUAAGGUCCGAUAAUGGCACUGAAUUCAAAAAUGUUGCUUUUGCUAACUACUUUCAUGAGUUAGGUGUUUCUCAUGAGUUUUCAGCUCCUAUCACUCCACAGAAGAAUGGAAUAGUUGAACGCAAGAAUAGAGUACUGCUGGACAUGGCACGAGUCAUGAUACAUUCUGCAGGUAUAAGCACAAAUUUCUGGGCUGAAGCAAUUAGCACUGCAUGUUACGCUAUCAACAGAGUCUUCUUGAGACCUGGUACUGAACAAACAGCUUAUGAGCUGUGGAAGGGUAAGAAACCUAACAUAGGGCAUUUUUCGUGUUUUCGGAAGUCCAUGCUAUAUCUUGUGCGAUCGAGAGCAACUAGACAGGCGGAUAUUGAUGUAGAUACAUCUUCUCCUUCAAGCUCAGUCCCACAAGACACGUCGAAAACUAAUGAACAGGAUGAACAUGUUGACAGCAUCUUUAAGCCAGCUCCUGUAAUAAGAAGAGGGUUCAAACAAGUCCAGAAGGAUCAUUCCAGUCAAGAUGUCAUUGGAAAAUUGUCAGAUGGUCUCAAAACUAGAAGCCAAGCAGCUACACAGGUGAGUCUGAAUGAGGUUGAAGGUCUUGAUUUUGAUGAAACUUUUGCUCAUGUUGCUAGAUUAGAAUCUGUGAGACUACUUCUGGCGGUGGCCUGCCGUCUAAGAUUCAAAUUGUUUCAAAUGGAAGUCAAAACUACCUUCCUGAAUGGGAUACUGCAGGAAGAAGUUUAUGUGGAACAACCUCAAGGUUUUAAAGAUCCACAUAAUCUGGACCAUAUCUACAGACUCAAGAAAGCUCUGUAUGGGCUGAAGUAG